UUUUCUCUCCCCCACGGCUCCGUUGUUGGGUCGGUGGGCAGCGGGCUGCCGGUGAUUGACCAGCUCCUCUCCCUCGGUCUGUCAGCGGUCGGGCUUGGCGCCUCCCCUCUCCUCUAUAAAUGUAGGGAGUCUAUUCACUCCCUUCACACCGAAAGCCUGCACGAAGUACGAGGAACUGCGCGGCUCCGCGGGAUGUGUUGACGAGACUACAAUUCCGCCUUUCGGUCGUUUUUUUUUUGUAUUCCCUUUCGCGUGUUUGCAGCUGUAUCCACAUCAGCUCUGUGUCUCUAAAACACAGUUUCUGCUACCAGAGACGUGUUUCUUUUCCCCUCCGCGUUGUCUCCCGAGCCCGUUGGUUUUCUAAGAUGAAGGCUGUUACUCCGGUCCACCCCCAGGACUCCUCCUCCGGCGGCAGCGGCGGCGGUGGCGGCGGCGGCAGCCCGCUCUCGCUGCACUAUCUGUCGAAGCAGAGCCUGAACAUCGCCCGCUGCCGGGUGGAGGAGGAGGACCUGUUCUGCCUGCAGUACGACAUGAACGACUGCUACAGCCGACUGAAGCGCCUGGUGCCCACCAUUCCGCAGGAUAAGAAAGUCAGCAAAGUGGAGAUCCUCCAGCACGUCAUCGACUACAUCCUGGACCUGCAGCUGGCCCUGGAGACGCACCCAUCGCUCCACAAACAGCAGCCACAGCGGACCGGGACCUGCCCUCCCCCGGCCUCCUCCAACCCGAGUCGCACGCCGCUGACGGCGCUCAACGUCGACCACCUCCAGAGGACGUCAAUAGGCAAGAAGCCGGAGGACUCUAUGUUAUGCCGCUGAGAUACAAGCCCUGCACUGGUGUGUAGGCCGCACAGAGCCGCUCCAAAGCCAACAAAGCUUCACCAGGGACUCGCCCCCAACUGGAGGCACCGAAGGGGAUUUUGGGGGAGAAAAAAAUAAUACUAAUAAAACGCCGGGGAGGAAUUCCACCCAAAUAAAAUCACCAUUCAUUCCAGCUUUUUUUUUUUUUUUUACUAGUUUUGUUUUUGUUUCUAUCGAACAAGGGAGUCGGUCCGUAGACGUCUCCUCCGUCUCCUCGACCCGCCACUCACGGAAUCCCCAUCCUCCCCCCCCCCACACACACACACACACACCCCCGACGCCGGAGAGGUUUUUCCGGUCGGAACCGGGCGAUGAAACCGUGACUUGUGCUUAAAGAAUAAACUAAAAAAAGGACUCCAGUUUAAAGCUUUACUAAACUGCUAUUAAAAAAAGAAAAGAAAAUGGUUGUACAUGUUUUUUGGACAUCUAUUGUUUCAAAUAGAUGAUUUGUGUUGAACAGGGGGGGGGGGGGUCAUCCCCCUCCUCCCCUCCCCCCCCCCCCCCCCCCCCGGAGCUGUAAGAUGUUUGAUAUUGUAAAGAAGGAUUUCUGAUUCGAGACGAUUAAGAAUGUACAUACAUAGAGACACACAUGUUCUAUAAAAGUAUGGAAGGAAGAGACGUAUAUGCUCACAAGAGACUAUUGUAAUUAUAAGAUAUUUUUAUUAAAACCUUGUUUCUCUUUUUGGUUUCUCGUUAUGUAAAUAUGGUGUUUUUUGGAACCUUUUGGAGUCUCUCGGCCGAUACGCCGAUAUCAGCUAUAACUCUGUUGUUUUUGGGAUAGUUGAAUAUGUAACAUGUCUGCGGAGACGUUGCACUGAAGAUGGAAACACGCGUUCUUCUGACGGGUCUCUCUUCGAUUGUUUUUGUACUCAUCGACUCGGAGCGCCGGGUUCGCUCCGCCGUUUCAUUUUUGUUAAUUUUUUUUUAUUUUUUUAUUUUUUAUUCUGUUACAUUGCACUCUUUGUUUAAAAAAGAAAGAAAGAAGAACUCUCACGUCAGCGUUGCGACACAUUUGUUCAAAAGAACGUGUCCCAAGCUUCUUCUCGAGGGAGUUAAUAACUCUGGUUAUGAAUUGAUGAAAUAUGUGAACAUUACCAGACUUCCUUCUGGACGACGGAGAGAGAGAGAGAUAAAGAGAGAGAGAGACGCCUUUUUAUUUUUCAUCGUGACAUUGAACGCCGGCUUUACCUCACCGCCCUCCUGCCAGUGUGAGAGGCCACUUGUACAUUUUCUGUCUGCACUGUUGGACUCGACCUUCACUGGCUGGUGAGGAGUUGUCAAAAAAAAUAAUUAAUUAAAAGUUUCCAGGAAUAAU